AUGUCAGCCAUGGGGAAAUGUUUAUGUCUUUGGUGGUGUCAACCUUUAUUGCGUCUCGGGUGGUUGGUUACCAAGCAAUGGGCGAUUUCUCUGGAGAAUGUCAGCCAAGUCUUUUAUGAGUGGAUUGUAUCAGCAACAAACAACAGCAUCCAUAUCGUUGGUUCCAUAUCAAGCUUUAUCCCAUCAUCUGGUUCUUCUCGUUAUCGGCAAUUCGGUGGGCAUCCUGAAAUGAAGGUCUCUUAUCGAUUGAUCACAUCAGCAACAAGGAACAACUUGUAUAUCUUUGAUAUCAGCAAGCUUUCUAUCUCUUGGUGGUUCUGGUUAUUGGCGAUUCCUUUGAUGGAUCUCUACAACUAUACGUGUCUUAUGGAUGGAUCAUGUCAUCAACAAGCGAUGAGAGUCCGCGUUGACAUCUUUGGUGUUACCAAGGUCAUUUAUGCAUCUCCUCAAGGCAUUCAUCGUCAAGCUGCAUUCGAUUUCCAAUGA